AGACAAACAUUAUGUCCAAUACACAAUUAUUAAGCUUAAAAAGAAAGGGGGGAAAAUUUCCCAUUGCACUGAGAAUGGGAAUUUCCAAAAACCCUAGGGCUGCCCACUUGCGGCAUUUUGGUGGCCACAAAUUAGCGCAUCUCAAAUUUCACUCAAACAAUGGGCGGUGAUGCAGCGCAGCAGCUAUUCGGAAAAACCCCAUCCCAAAUUACACCCCACUUCCACCGCCGCCCCGGCCGCCGCCGCUAUCGCUACUUCCCCGUAGGCUCCACGGUCGAGGUGCAGACCGACGAGGAGGAUUUCAAGGGCGUCUUUUUCUCCGCCACCGUUCUCGCGCCGCCGAAUUCACCGAAGAAGAUCGGCCGGAAGAGGUCGAGGAAGCUCUACGUGGAGUACCACAACCUGCUUGCGCACGAGGACGGCUCGGAUCGGCUUAGGGAAUACGUCGAGCCGUCGUUCGUGAGGCCCGCGCCGCCGCUGCAGGAGGUCGUCAAGGGUUUCGAUCCGGACGACGCGGUGGACGCCUUCUACAAGGACGGCUGGUGGACGGGCGUCGUGAACCAGGCGGUCGACGACGGGAAGAGAUACGUCGUGACGUUUCACAGCCCACCUGAUGAGCUUGAGUUUGGGCUCGGAGAGUUGAGGCCACACUGGGAUUGGGUGAACGGGAACUGGGUUCGUCCUCAGAGACAGAAUAUAGCAGGAUUGAUGUUUGACGUUGGAAGAAAGGUGGAAGUGUCAUUUGACAGAGAAGAUUUCCAGGAUGCUUGGUUUCCAGCCACAAUCCUUGAAGAGCUGGAGAAUCAGACAUUUUUGGUGGAGUACAGUAGUGUAAAUACCGAUAACCACGGCCACACUAAAGCUAGAGUUGAUUCUUUGCACAUCAGGCCUUGCCCUCCGCUUCUCAAAGAUAAAAAUUUUGUUUUAUUGGAAAAAGUGGAUGCAUUCUUUGACUUUGGCUGGUGGAGUGGGAUAAUUACGAAAGAGCUUGAGAAUAGUAGAUACCUCGUGUUCUUUAAGCAAAUGAAAUGCGAUAAGGAAUUCAAUCAGUCAGAAUUAAGACCUCACAUGGACUGGAAGGAUGACAAAUGGUUCACUUCUUCCCAGGAACCCUCACUCUCAUCCUUAGACGAUGGUGUCUGUCAACAUCUCACUCCUGAAAACUCUAGUGCCUCUGUGGCAGCUGUGCCGCUGAGAAAUUCUGUUAAUGGAGAGGACAGUUCUGGUGGCAAAACACACUUAUCAUUGAUAUCAAGAAAUGAUCUCGUUGAGCAAUCCAUUACAGAUAAUCAGAAAUUGUCCCCUGUGACUGCACCUUUGAGAAAAAGGAGAGCGUAUUUUUCUGAUUCAGGGAGUGCUCGUUUUCAGGCUCUUAAAAAGCUCAGGGAAGGAAAUUUAGUGGUAGCAAAUAAAAAAGAUGGGCAUGAUGGAUCAAAUGAAGAAAUUUUAUGUGGUCUUCAAAGCCCAAAAUCCUUAAAUAAUAUGGAAAUUUCUGUAGCUCAAACUACAUUGGAUCAAUCUUCCUCUAAUCAUCCAUGGGAAGAUAAUGUUCGAAGAAAGCAAAGGAACAUUCGUACAACACAAAAUGCGAGUGAAAACAUUAAAUCCACACCCACCACCCUGGAGAAGAGUACUGCACAAAUAUUGCCACUUGAAUGUCUUGAACUUGGUACUGGAGAGAAGGAACCAGACACAGCUGGAAACACUGAAGAAGGUGCUCAAAAUGAGCAUGCAAGAUGUGAAACUGAACUUCCUAUUGUCAUAGGCUUGCCAUGCGCAGAAACUGGGAGCUCGGGAAAAUCAAGAAAUAAUAGGAGUCAACCUUCCAGCAAUAAGGCGCUUAUUAGUUUGGAUGACCAGAGACAUCAAGUCUUUGAUUUCACAAAUGGGAAAACCACGGAUGGCAAGCAAUUAGGAGUUGGAGAAUUUGGUGAGAAGAAAAAAAGGGGGAGGCCAAAGAGGAUCGUAGUUGAAACCACAGGAAGUGCUGAACAUCGAAGUCGGAGUUUAGGUGAUAUUGAUUUGAACAGACUAGAUGAUGGUUCACAGGGACUUCAUGACGUGGUGAUGAGUGGGAUGGAGGCAUCAAUAUCGGAUCAGGAGAAGUUGACGCCAAAUCAGGAAACAACAGCUAGUGGCAAGUCUGGUUCUGGAAAAAGAAAAGCCAGAAUGACAAAACGAAUAGUGGCUAGCAACAAUGAAGAGCCUGGUGUAGAAGAGCCAGUCAGGCCGCCAGAGAAUCGCUCAUUCAAGAGAGGACGAAAGCAAAUUGCAAGUGGUAGAAUUGCAGUCAAAGUUCGAGAUUCUGUUGUUGCAUCUGGAGCGACGGUAGUUAACCACACAUUGGAUGUAGAGAAAGUUAUUGAACCCCAACCCAGCAAUGAGUUCGAUAAUGAACCACUUUCAAAAUGGAUUGAGGAGAUGCACAUGUCAUCUGUAAUUGAUGGCUCAAUGAUGGUGCUGUCCACAGAGAAUGGUAACACCCAAGGCAACCAUGUUGGGCUCGACGAGGCUAGUGAGAAGCAGCCAACAAGUGAAAGACAAUCUUCUGGCUUGGUAGAUAAAGGCAAUACAGCACCAACUGAACCACAAAGCUUGCCUUCUGAGAGCAACAUCGCUGGUAUUGUUCUUGAUGAAGGCACUCGAAAGCAAUCAGAAAGUGGAAGACAAAACGUUCCUUCUGCGGAAGAGACUUCUAUUGUUUUGCUCGAUCUGAACAGUGAAAAGCAGCCAGAAGUCGAAGCACGAACUACUGUUAUGGUUGAUAAAAGUCUACCUUGUAAUCCUCCUCAAAGUUCUGUAGAAAGCACCUUAGCUGUUGUGCUGUACGAGGAAGCAGAGAAGCGGCUAGAAAAUGAAGCACAAGCUACUCCUGCGGUUGAUAAAAGCUCCACGAUACCAAGUCAACCUCAAAGUUCUGUGGAAAGGACCGAUCGUGAGCAUAAUGAGGACAAUGAAAAGCAACCAGAAAGCAGAACAACACCUGCUGCUGCUUCGGUAGAUAAAGUUCCCCUAGUACCAAGCGAGCCAGAAAAGUUGCCUUUUGAGAAAAACACUGUUCUUUGGAAGACUAUCGAAUCCAUGCAAGUCUUCCAGAGGCUGCCACAGAAGCCACAUUUCCAGCCUUUGUUAAAUUUCAAAGAAAGUUCACGAGAAGGCUUGGCUAUAGGCUAUAUGGUAACAUUUUCCAGCGUAGUCGAAAGAGCCUCCAAGUUGCAGCUAACUGAUCCAUUAAGCAUCAUAGAUGACAUAAUGGACACACUCACGGACUUGGAAAAACAGGGGUUUGGAGUCGGGCCCAUCCAGGACUGCAUAAAUGAGCUGCUUGCUAUGAGGGAAAAAGAAGAAAAACUUGCAAAGGCCGCAGAAAAUCUCAAUGGCCAGAUCACAGUGCACAGCGACACGAAAGCUAGGCUUGAAAGAGACAUUGAGGAGAUCAACGAGCAGAUGGAGAGGCUGCAGAGGAAGCGCUCUGAAGCCCAGUCCGUGAAAGAAAGGGAGGAUGAAGAGAUUGCUUUCCUGCAGGUUAGGCUAAGGGAAACCAAAGACAGCAUCGAGACUGUGAAGGGUGAUUUCAAAGGCAAAGUUUCAUCUAUUCUGUGAAAUUCGUUUGUUUGACACGGGCCUGUCAAAAAUUGGUUGGUUGCCUGUGUGUGGUGAAGAAGCUGCAGUUGUAGGUGAUAUGGUAGUAAUGCAGAGGUGGAGGUUUGUAUAUUUCUGUGCUCUUGUAAAGGUGCUAACCUCUUUCUGGUUUAAAUGUUAUGUAGUUGUAGUUGUAGUUGUAGUAUGUAGGUGUCGUUUGUUGCUGAAAUGAACGUUGUAGCACACCUAUUUGGGUUUGUGAUGGGAUUAGAAUAUGAAUAUUAGAAUACUACUAAAUUGUUUUACUUGUCCAAA